AUGCCAACAGGGUGUGACAAUGGGCCAAGGCCACAGACUGGCAGCCAGGUGGAUCUGAGGCCACACGAGAACGUUUGGAGGUCCCCGCCGGAGUCAGAAUCCCCCUCGGGUGAACAACAGCAACAGCAUGCGUUCGUAAUUGGAAUGCCACAGACCCUGCGCGCAGAGCCGCUGCCGCCCACGCUGAGCCGCUGCAUGACUCUACCUGGCGCCCUGUUUCGACGGAAAGCUGGCGACACGCGCCGGUACCGGACAGCCGAAUAUGGCAUCGCAGGUGCCAUUAGCAACUCGGCGCUACAGGCAGUCGCGAUAACUGCCACCACGGAGGAGCCCGGCGGCGUGGCGAAACUUUUGGAAACGCGCUAUCAGCCAGAGCAGGUGCUGCUUCACAGCUUCGCCUACAACCGGGAUUCUCAGUUCACUACGUCUCAUACCCUGGAGACCAUGAGCCAGCGGCGCCACACCACGCUGCGGGAGAAGGGGCGUCGGCAGGCCGUGCGCGGCCCCGCCUACAUGUUCAGCGAGCGGGCCACCAGCCUGUCGGCCGAGGAGGAGCGCUUCCUGGACGCCGCCGAGUACGGCAACAUCCCCGUGGUGCGCAAGACGCUGGAGGAGUCCAAGACGCUCAACGUCAACUGCGUGGACUACAUGGGCCAGAAUGCAUUGCAGCUGGCGGUGGGCAACGAGCACCUGGAGGUCACCGAGCUGCUGCUGAAGAAGGAGGGCCUGGCGCGGGUCGGGGACGCCCUGCUGCUGGCCAUCAGCAAAGGUUAUGUGCGCAUUGUGGAGGCCAUCUUGGCGCACCCAGCGUUCGAGGGCGGCCUGCGUCUGACACUGAGCCCUCUAGAGCAGGAAGCGCUGGGCUGUGUGGCCGACGAGGGGGGCGCCGCCGGGGCCGCCGGGGCCUUCUACGCCUACGACGAGGACGGCACGCGCUUCUCGCAGGACGUCACACCUGUCAUCCUGGCCGCCCACUGCCAGGAGUACGAGAUCGUGCACACGCUCCUGCUCAAGGGAGCACGCAUCGAGAAGCCGCACGACUACUUCUGCAAGUGCGGCGAGUGUGGCGAGCGGCAGCGGAGGGACUCGUUCAGCCACUCGCGCUCGCGCAUGAACGCCUACAAGGGCCUGGCCAGCGCCGCGUACCUGUCGCUGUCCAGCGAGGACCCCGUGCUCACCGCGCUGGAGCUCAGCAACGAGCUGGCACUGCUGGCCAACAUCGAGACUGAGUUUAAGAACGACUACAGGAAGCUGUCCAUGCAGUGUAAGGACUUUGUGGUGGGAGUGCUGGACCUGUGCAGAGACACAGAGGAGGUCGAGGCCAUACUGAACGGGGACGUGCACCACGACCCGGACAGCGAACACAACCGCCCAUGCCUUAGCCGCGUCAAGCUCGCCAUCAAAUACGAGGUCAAAAAGUUCGUGGCCCACCCCAACUGCCAGCAGCAGCUCCUGACUCUGUGGUACGAGAACCUGCAGGGCCUACGGCAGCAGUCCAUGAUGGUCAAGUGCUGGACGGUGCUGGGGGUGACCGUGGGCCUUCCCUUCCUCGCCGUGUCCUACUGGAUCAUGCCAUGCAGCAAGCUUGGCGAGAUGCUCCGUAGCCCCUUCAUGAAGUUCGUGGCCCAUGCAGUGUCCUUCACCCUCUUCCUCUGCCUGCUGGUGCUGAACGCCUCCGAUCGCUUCGAGGGGGUGCGACUCCUGCCCAACGAGACCCUCACGGACUACCCGCGGCAAGUCUUCCGUGUCAAAACGACGCAGUUCUCCUGGACCGAGAUGCUUAUCAUGAAAUGGGUUCUUGGCAUGAUCUGGUCGGAGUGUAAGGAGAUCUGGGCAGACGGGCCGCGGGAGUACAUCAUGCACCUGUGGAACGUUCUGGACUUUGGCAUGCUGUCCAUCUUCGUGGCGUCCUUCACGGCCAGGCUCAUGGCCUUCCUCAGGGCCUCCAGGGCUCAACUCUACGUGGAUCAGCAUGUGAUCGCUGAGGACCUCAGCAACGCCUCCCUUCCAGAGGACGUGGCCUACUUUACCUACGCCAGGAACAAGUGGCGUCCCUCCGAUCCACAGCUCAUAUCCGAGGGGCUGUACUCCAUCGCGGUGGUCCUGAGGGGCAGAGACAUGGAGUCAGGACGGGGUCGAUUGGGAGUAUGUGUGUGA